AUGGACUCUUCACUCUCAACGAAAGCUAAUGCUUUCUCUAUUGCCUCUCUCAUAUCAUCCAGAGAUGGUAAGACUGACGAUGCCAACAUACUGAAAUUCAUUUGAGUAUUUUUGGUACAUUUAUCAUCUGAGUCAUCCUUUGUGAAAUGUAGCAGCUAGAAUUAGGGGCGAAUUUGCGCAUUCAGUGAGUGGGAUUCAAAUCACCCGCAGUAACUAGGUGAUUUUUUCAGCAAUAUGUGACCACGUUGAAUUGUAUUUCUAAAUUUAGACCCAAGUCUAUCGCCGAAAUUCAGAGGAAGUGCUUCGGAUAGCGACUGUGUGGAACAACCACCAGCCAAGAAAAUGAAGUCCAUGUCAUCGACCGACGUUGCCACCGAUGACGAAGACAACGAAGUGCUCGAGAAGCCGCCUAAGGAUGACUUAAGAAACAUAACAGUGGAACUAGAAGGGAAAGAGUUGUGGGAACGUUUCAGUGAAUUGGGAACUGAAAUGAUCAUUACCAAAGCGGGAAGGUGAAACAGUAGUUUACUUAUACUGGAAUGCUGCUGACACUCUAAGAGGAAAAAUCGUUGCAUUUAACACCGUGCCAUCAACUAAUAUCCAAGCGCUAACCACUAAUAAAACGGUCCCGGAAAUCAAAGUUGUUAAAAAGAUAAGAAACUGUUUUAUAAACAGUUUCUUUACUUAUGCAUAAACAGAAACAACAUUCGUGUAAAUUGGCUCAUUCGCGCAAAUAAGCUACAGAGCGGAAAAUUCUGAUUUGUCACCCGAUAACUGAUGGGCGAAGACGGAUUCUUGAUGAUUUCAUUUGCCAGAAGCACGAAAAUUUGCCCGCACGCAUAACUAGGAUGUUUUUAAGGUACGUUUUUCCCUAGAAGCAUUCUUAAUUUGACAGUUUCUUUUUCUAGACGUAUGUUUCCCACUCUGCGAAUUUCCGUGAAUGGUGUCGAUCCUAAAGCAAAUUACAUGGUCCUCAUGGAUAUAGUACCUGUUGACGACAAACGCUACAGAUACGCCUACCACCGUUCAACUUGGCUUGUAGCCGGUAAAGCCGAUCCGCCAGCCCCUGUGAGACUGUAUAUGCAUCCAGAUUCACCUUUUACCGGCGAGCAGCUUCUAAAGCAGAUUAUAUCAUUCGAGAAAGUCAAACUGACCAACAACGAAGCCGAUCGCAACGGCCAUGUAAGUUGGUGCUAAUAAUGCCACUUGUACUUUUCAGGAAAUCAUCAGAGUUUGGAUUCAGUUUUGCGCUCUCUCCCUCUGCCCCUUUCUAAGUUUUUCACCUUUAAUACCUUCGUGAAAAUCGCGUUUGCUUUCCUGUUAAUAAUCGCAUUUACUUUCUCAGUAACUUCUCCUUAUUUUUGUCCUUUCUUUAUGAACUUCAAGCUUCUAUCGAAGGCCAAAACACUGUUUUGAUAACGUUUUGCUCGCCCCAUGUGGAGAGCAGCUGAAAGCGUCAAUUGUCAUGCAACAUAGUAAGAACACAGCAAAAUUCACGCAUUUGCUGAUCUCAGUUUUAUCCAGUUUUCCUUUAUAAGAUUUUGCAGCUAAGCAAAGGAGUUCUGAUAAGGCAUUUAUUUCAGAUCAUCCAACAAGUCGAGGCUUGGUGAAAAAGCCGAUAUGCAAGUAUAACGACUUCCUCUGCCGACAGUUGUACCAUACUUCCCGCUAGUAACUGUUUGCCUGACUUAGGUCCUUCGUUCUUUUGAGUUCUCCUUUCUUUGAUAUUCCAGCUUAUUCUAAACUCCAUGCACAAGUAUCAGCCAAGAGUGCACAUAAUUCGUAAACGUGACCACACAGCCUCUGUAAUUAAUCUCAAGUCAGAGGAGAUGAAAACGUUCACCUUUUCGGAAACGAAUUUCAUUGGAGUAACUGCAUACCAAAACCAAUUGGUAAGUUUCCUUUGUUUCGAAGUCUUAAGUCCUCUACCUUUCAAAUAAGCCAUUUUUUCCUUCAACAUUAAACCUUACUUUACACCUACCGAUUUGUUUCCGCUCUUUUUUCGAAGCAAGUUAAACAGCUAACCUAACAUAAGUUACUUUUACAAGACGUUUAUACUCCAAGGUUUACCUUAAUUGAAUUAGAAUUUAAUUAGGACAAACACAUGCAAUUCUAGAGAUACGUUUUUCUUGCAGGUUAUGCUCCGAAACAAGUAUAGAGGAAUCGGUGCUUUAAUUCAGAAAAAACUAAAUCGCUUUUAUUGAGCAAGAACGAUUGGUCUGAUUAUGUUAUCCUUGCAGUCGUACAUAAAAAGGAGCAUUCAUGUAUUUAUUUUGCAGAAAACAAAUAGGACUAUAAUUUAAACUAGCCAACAGUGUUGGAUACUGAUCGGAUGUAGGUAUUAAAAAACUCAGAUGUUCUUCAGGCGGAUACGAAACGCGAUCUCAAUAUCCCUGAAAUCGUCCUUAGGCUCCAUGACUCCCCGUUUAACAAUUGAUACAGUUCUGUGUGUUUUCCGUUUUUGUAGAUCACACGAUUAAAAAUAGACAGCAAUCCAUUUGCGAAAGGUUUCCGGGACUCAUCACGUCUCAUUCCAGUAGAAAGGUGUGUGCAUUUUGCUUACUACUCGAGCCCGGGUUUCUACUUUGAAAGCAAAUUUGAAAUAGUAAGCUGCCAAGCAUGUUAAGCCGGCAUUUUUAUAACAGGUAGACAACAGACAAAGAGAAAAAAAAAAAGGAAAAGAAAAGAAAAUGAAGAAAAAAGAAACGAGACAGUUACCCGAAUUCGUGCUUCUCUGAAGAUUUCAGAGACACCAAAUUCAUUUUACGACUGGCUGAAUGUGUUGAUUAAAUCUGAUAAUGGCCAGUCAUUGUUUUUCCAUAUAUUUCGUAAAGGGUUUCUAAGAUCAAGGGAAAACUGUCCAAGGGAUCAAUGGAUACUCUUCGGUGUAAUAAUCAAGGCAUAACCGGUACGCCACUUCCAUCAAAUCUAGUAUAAUAGUAAUUCUGCAAAAAUUAGGCCACUUUCCUAGUCUUUUUUCUUUCAUUAAAAAAUUUCGUUAUCAGUAUUUUCGAAAACGCAAACGAAGGAGGGAACCAACAAGCCUUUUAUUUUUUGAUGUUUCACUAAUUCACAAGGUUUCACUGGGUUUUGCCAAUGCCGGAGCACAUCGCCAUGCCUUUUUUCGUCCACCAAUUAGCAUCAGCUGUUCACCGGAUUUUUCUGGCGCUGGAAUUUUAAACUGAUGUAGUUAUAAUGCUGGGUUCAUUUUCCUUUAGGGAUUGUCUUCAAGACGGCCAUUCACAGACGAUAGUUCCCGAUCCAUUAUUUUCCUCUGUUCCUUUUCCGCUUUUACCACAACUAGGGGUAAACAGCAGAUACCAUUUACCCAAGAUUGGCUGUAGACCUCAAGACAAAGCGUCUUUCUUUCAAUCAGGUAAGUAUCAAGUUUGGACACUUAAAAGUUUAGGAAGGUGGUCUAAUAUUUGCGAGUUCACUUGCAUAAACAACCCCUUUAUCUCUGGUCAAAAAGUGCAUUGUAUUGCUUUUUUGUCACCUUUGAGGAAUAAAAAAAAAGAAGCGUAUGGGUGGCGUCAAGCGUUAUCUUGUAGUAAAUAGAUGAUCUUUUCUUUCACCGCAAUCUCCUUAUAUUAUGUCGGGUCUCGUAAGUCGGUCUACUUUAAGCCAUAAGCGAUGUGUGGUAGAACGAUUCAAUCAGUAAUCCAGCAAUUCCGUACCCUGCAUCACCUAUCUCGAUUGUCCAAGCUACUUGCGCUGUAAAUAUCGACGAGUACCAGAAUUUUGCAGCGCCUGUCGAUCUCAAAGGACAUGUCCCCCUGUAUUUCCAAAUUGUUGUUGUUGUUGUUUUUGUUGGUGGUGGUAGUGGUGUUGGUGGUGCAUGACCUAAACUUCGUGAGAGUCUGUUUUUAACAUCAAAUUUUCUUUAACGAAGUGAUGGAAGAUACUCUAAUGGUGCUUGACUGUCAAAUGGAAUAGGUCAACUGAUUCUCGCGCUUCCUUGAAAUAGAGUUUACAAGAGUUACUUUUUGGAGAAAAUUAUCACAUGCGUGUAUUAAGUGAUGAUUUUUAAUGAUAAUAUUAAAUCCUUGAGCAUGGGAAUACUAAGAUAAGAAUUAUUAGAGGGACAGUGAUAUUUUUUUUCCAGUUUCCCUUCAGGGUCAAAUUAAAUGAAAAUAAUCGUAGCGAAGGUGUUUUAAUAUAAUCAUGCCGUUUUCUGUCUUAAAAUGAUUCGGUUAAUAAAAACCAUCCUGAGAGAGUCAGAGCGACUCUUAGAGACGCGUCUUAAAUAAUCUAACAUUGGUUCUUAAAAUUCAGUUGGUUCUCAUCCGAUAUACAUGUAUGUAACUGUUGACGUACAAGCAGUCCGCCUACAUGUAUAGAAAAGAUUUGAAUCAGAACCUGAAUUGGUCGAGGUGAAAUACUCAGAGGCACCCGAAGGAAUCAAAACCAGCUAAAAGAAGUCAGGCCACAUUUCACGAGUAUACUUGAUUGUCGAGGAUGACUGAUCGAACUGUUUUCGAUGAUCACUUUACUAGAGAGUUUAGACGACUAAGUAGCAUACAACCGUCCUGAAGAGGUAGUCUCGUUUGAAUAGCAACCUUUAGACCCAAGAGAUAAAGGCAUCUUCGUCUCUGCAUAAUUGGAUACUGACUUAAAACACCUACAACGACGACGUCAGUGAAAAAGCAAUGAACUCUCCGCCUUCUUUCGCAGUUUGUUGAGAUUUAUUUAACUUAAAUUGCGGCGAUGUACAUCGCAUUCAGAUAUAAAAACGAAAAUAUGUCUUUCAGUUUUUGCGAAUUCAGAGAAGCCUUGAAUAAGAAUUUGUGUAGAGGACAGCAACGAAGUGUACCGGAAAGUGUGAUGCACGUUGGUGCGGCCGAUUUGUUGUUUUGCUCGCUAAAUUAUAGUUUUUCUUGACUCUAGAAGCAAACCAACGACUAUUUAAACGCAAAACGAAACAAGUGUUGCAAUCUACUGAGAAAAGCACUGUCCUGCGCUGGCGAAAAAUCACCUUCACUUCAUCUAUCGUUGUUAUCAAAGUUUUUCACUCCGCAAAACCCCUUGCUCAUAGAAUCCGUAUUUUCAUCAUUAUUGCCGUCAAAUGUAGGCUUAAAGGGUCUGUGUCACGAUACUUUUCAAAAUUCAAACAGUUAGAACGGCUACAAAACUGACUGGAACAUAGACUGAAUAACUGCUCAAAACUUAAGAAAAGAUUAUAUGACACAGCAAAUACAAAAGUAGGCACCGAUGGAUAAACUUGAGGAGGAUUGAAACGGAUUGCAAUUGUGGCGUUUAAAAACUUGUUGGCCUAACACAUUUUCAUAAUUCAUUUUUGUUGUUUGUAACGUUUGAUACAUGCUUGGGACACAUUGUUGGACACAAAGCUCUAAUAUCGUUCUUCAUAGUUAGUUUCUCAAGUUCAAUAGCGAAUAAAGAUGCGUAAAUGGAAAUUUUUAACAAAAUAAACUAGGAGAACCAGAUAACUCAACUCCGUCACAGGUGGUCAAGAAAUCAAAGUUCCCUUAUAUGGUAAAAGGAGUAGGUUUUAAGCCGUUAUUUUUUGUCGCUUUUGCUCGUGGUCAGUACUACAAUAUUUGUCAGCGGGGGCAUUGUAAUUCAAAGACAAAUUAUCCACGUAAAGGAGAACCGAUACAAAAACCUAAUGUUGUUGUCUGGCACAAAACCAGUCAGCCCCCUUUUCUCGGUUUCUUUCUUAAGGCAUAAUUGUCUUAACCUGUGUGGGCACACAAACUUAGUGGUUUCCUCUACUUGUUCGCUAUACGUUUAGCAAACUGAUAUUUGUUUCUAUUUUUGCUCAGGUUGUCUUCCGCCUCCGUCACCCACAAUUCCAAGAUUGCCUUUCACAGGAGUCCUAACUGCCUAUCGCCACCAACAGCAUCUGCCCAACGUACUUUCGCCAACGUUUGCUUCGCCGAAACCCGUGGGGACGCUAGAGACCCCGCAUUUCCCGCCCUACAGCGUCCACGGAGAAUACCCUAAUCCCACAUUACCGUUCUUUUAA